AUGACUGGAAUGAAUGAUUGGCUCUUCGAGAUCGGUAAUUUGGUUUUAUUCGCUUAUUUUUUUGAACAUAGGACUAGAAAAUACCAUGGCCAACACUCUGGAGCUUCUAAUUUGUUGAUUUGGGCCUACAGCUUUUGUGUAUUGCCAUUAUUUCUUGAUCCCUUCGUCAACGUCAAGGAUAGUAUAAUUUUUCAAUUCAGAUGAAGAUGUUUUGAAUGGAACCGACGGUGAUGCGCUCGGUGACGAAGCAGAGGCAUCAACGAGCUCAUCGGAGCAAAAGAAGAACGGAAGAGAGGACUUUGGGCAACUGAGUUUACAAGAAAUGUCGAAAAAGUCGCUUGUUCCCGAUGUUCACUGCAAAAAAGGUGCGGUUGAAAAUGGCAACGCUGAGAGCAGGGGUAAUGACAUCUUCCUGAAGAAUUUUCACUCACUGCUGGUCACUGCAAGAGCCGAGAUUGGAAGAUUAAAGAGAAAAAACAUUGAACUCGAGCAAAAGUAGGUAUUUUUUUGUUUUUUUUUCUGACUUUAGGCGGAAUGAUGUCGACCGUAAUUGAAGUAUGUGUUUGCAGACUCGUGAAAUCGAUGGCAAUUGAAUGUCCCGCCUGCAAGCACCAUUUCAUUGCCAAUGAGCAUCGAAUUCUCCCGAAAUACGUCAAAGUUUUGCACGGUGCAAAGAAGAUUGAGCUGGAUUUUGAAGAUCUCAACAAACUCAAAGAAUUCUUGAAUGUUUCGGGUCUGGAUACGGAUCAGAAUGGUGUUCCUACUAUUCCCGAUGACGAACGGAAACCUCAAACCUUGAAGGAAGUCGACAGUAAGCUUCUGAAGAGUGAAAAGGAAACGAAAGAUCGGCGAAGCGAGGAGAGGAUGCUCAAAGAGCGUCGUGAACGUGAAAUAAAUCGAGCCAAUGCAUCAAGAAAACCGUCAAGGGAUUUGACGGCGGAUGAGAGGAGAUGUAGAGAGAGAAGUUCAAGUCCAAGAAGAAGGUCGAAGGAAAGAGUGGAGAGACGAACUGGAGUACAUGGACGACUGGAGAAGCGAGUCAACGGCGGACGUACAGAUAUGCGGUCAGUGGACAGGCGCACCGAGAAACGACCAGAAGAGAAUGGAAAAAAAGACGAAUCUCGCGAAAGACUUCCGGUAGAUGACCGUCCGCAGAAGAGAGCCAUACAAAAACAAAUCGAAAAGCGAAAAGAAGGUGUGGAUUCGCAGAAACGACCAGUUGAUGAACGGGCAAGGAAACGGGAGCUAGACGAACGUGAGGAACAGCGAAGGAUUGACGAAAAACGGUUGCGAGAUGAAAGAACUGAGAAACAACCAGUCGAUGGCCGAACAGAGAGGCCGAGGAUAUGUGCACCCACUAGAACAGACGAUAGGCAACGGUCAAAAGACUCUAAAGAGCGCAAAGAAGAACCGGUGGCUAAAAGAUCUCGGCCUUCGCAUAGUCGAUAUUGA